AUGGCCUAUCGACAACAAACCGCCGCAGCCCUCUUCGCCAGCACAGCAUCACAACCACCGCCAGUCACAGCAACCCUAAGUCUGAGGACAGGUCGGUCCAACAACGCGCAUCGACCUCCCUCAGAGCCCACCGACAGCUGCGACAAUGCCCGUAAUGGCAGUACCCUCCUGUCGGAUCGGCCAGCCAAGACGCCCCAUGAUCCGCUGUCUGGCGUACACGAUGCAGCUCACACAGCAGGCGGCCAAGUGGCAGCAGAGCCGGGUGCAAGGCAUGGGGAGCCUGUUCCUUCAAUCUCUCUUCCUGCUUCUGCUUCACAACCCUCUCCACCGCUUCCUACUUUCACUGUAGCUACUGCUGGACUGGCCCGCAAUUUCUCACACAGGUUUGCCGUCCAAUCGCAGCCUAUCAAACUUACUCGGUCCAGUUACGCUACCGAUGAAACGUCAGCUUCUCGGCCACCACUGCUGUCCUCUACUGUUUCCUCUUGGCCCACUGUUAUUGACGAUUCCCCUCCGCUUCCCUCCUUGCCGUCAAACUCUUCCCUCGAGCCACCGUCAAAGGACGCGGAAUCAUCUACGCCGCACCGUUUACCCUCAGCUCAACGUUCACAGACCCCAGUAGUUCGCCCUGCCUCGCUCUUGCACACUUCUUCAGCGGAGUCUCCUUCCGUAGCAAAAGCAGGGCCAGCACUGUUGUUUGGCGAUAGCAACAACUAUCACAACAGCAACGGCGAUAACAAUAACGAAAAAGAGGCGGGGGAGAAGCAGAUACACCAGCAGCAAUUGCUGUACAACCCCUCUCGGGUUCCGUCCCAUUCUCCUCUCUCCACCGGUACUGCAUUUGUCCUUCCAGAGUUAGACCUAGACGACCCAAACUUGGACUUGGAUCGAUUGUGCGUCGGAUAUUCUCCCAGCACACUAGACACUGAACAGCUUGUUGCGAUGACAACUUCAACCUUCCAGUAUACCCCUCCUUUUCAGCCUCCGCUACCCCCUCCGCCCCCAUAUUCCGAGCCCAGCGCCGGAGGGGGGUUUUCGUCGCCGGACCUGGGUUUCCCGGGGUCUGGGGUGGAUGGAUUCAGUGGCCCAACCGCAGACAGCUUACACGAUGGUGACAGUCCUAGGCAAUUCCGAAAUUCUCAGCAAUCCACCAUGACACAGCCCACCCCGGCGCAAAGCUUUUCCCGAAAGGUCUCCACAAAGAUUCGCGGCUUUUUAAAUCACACCCACCGAAGUAGGAGUCCGAGUUCGCGGAAUAGCACUGCAACCGUUGCAACAGUAUCAGAGGAUAGUCACAUUUCAUCUUCCCUCCCUGUCGCCAAUGAUAAUAAAGGGAGCAAGCAUGCAUCGCCUGUGGUUGUACCAGUGGUGGCUUCUGUGACUACAACCGUGACUGCACCCGUCACUGCCUCUCUCGUCGAGCCUGUCUCCUCCACGGCAAUGAUGGAAGCGUCCGUCAAUGCUGCUGUGGAUGAUUUCAUGGAUGCUCACACUGACAUGGAGGUCCCCGUUGUCAUGCCGAUGAUGGAUGCUGUAGAUGAUCGUCUCAGGUCUCAAGAGUCUCAGACCUUUGAUGGCCAUAUUCCGAUAAUGAACGGCUGUCAACCAGAUAGCGAGAUCCGUUCUGGCCAUUCUUCAUAUAUUUCGUUGGAUUCCCCAACGUUGGCCACUGAGUCUUCCGGUAAUCCCAGCAAUCGCAAUUCAUUCAGAAGUUUUGCACAGGAGGAGCGACCGCGGUCGAGGUCUCCUGAAAGCCCCGUUACGCCGGAUGAUGAUUAUAGGUUUAAUAAUCGGAUGCCAGAUUCGAAACCCAAAUACCAUGCCGCGGCGGAAUUACAGACGGACUAUUCUCGCGAUGAGGAGAGCACCCACGAUGGCGUCGAAUCGCAGGUUGUACCGGUGUACUUGGAUGAGAGGAAUGAAUCGAGGAAUGGUAUGAUUCCUUCGCUUCUCAUCGAGACUGCAUCGCCUACUUGCAGACUUCACCCAGAUCAUCCAGGAUCGUUUAUGGCCCCGCGGCCCGCGCCUCGAAGCCCCCGAAAUCGGCCCGCCUCGAUGCGUUCAAGAUCUCCAAGCCCGGCUCCGAUUAUGAGCCCUUUGAAGAGUUUACUCCCGGAGUCGGGCCGAGAAACUCCGUCCUUUUUAACGCCAAGGCCUGCUCCAACCACUCCCAUACCCUCGCCCGGGUACGGUCCGGUAAAACCUUUACGAUCUCCCACCGAAACCGGACCGAAGCUUCUCCGAACGAGCACAAUUUCCUCUAGGUCAGCUGGAGCGAAUCCUACACGAGCACCCUUGUCACUCAACCCUCGUGUACGAUCUCAUGUCUUUCCAUCUGCACGACCAUCCACUGCCAGCAAUUCGGUUUCAGAAAUUAGAAGUUUUAGAGAAGUAUCCUCAUUAAACCGCGUGCUACCACCACCCGAGAGAUUGAGAGAGCACGAUGAGAUCUCCAUCAUUUCGCUUGGUCCCCCGAGCAGUCCAAAUCAAUUGCAUGACAUCGAUCAUAAUUUCCCCCCGAUGCCUAUGCCGAAUUACGCUACAUCGUUAAGGAAAUCGGGCUCAAUUCGUUCAGCUUCUGGGCGAGCGCUUGAGAUUGCUGUUCCACCACCAUUAGACUCUCGAAGUAUCUAUGAUUCUAGAAGCAUGUUUGAUGGAAGAAGUAUUUUUGAUAACCGUAGUAUUCUUGGUGCUCGAAGUGUGAAAACGGCUUCACCAACGACAAUUCCGGAUGAUUUCAAGAGUAUGACAUCGCCAAAAUACCAUCCUGACGAUGCACCACUGUCACCGGCUGUCUACUCACCAGACGCAGAUAUUGAGAGAGACCUUCCCCCACGGACGCCACCAACGGAGCCUGAGGUGAUUCCAACACCACCACCCGUGUUAGCUCCAGUCGCUCCCGUACAGGUUGCGCCUUCUGCACCAGUCGCGGCCUUGGUACCGCCUCCCCCUGAAGUGAAGCGCCAUAGCACGGUUAGUAAAGGACUCCGACGAGCGUUUAGUCGUCGGAGAUCUACAAAUAAACGUACAGCCGGGCCGAUAACUGGGGAGAUCAUUUCCCGACCAUCUACUUCCGCUACUACCGCAACGUCUGUAGGUGCGGCCCCCGAAGACGAGCCGUCGGACGACAACAUGUCCGUGAGGAGUCGAUCAAUGAUGAACCCGUUGACGCCCCCGCCAUCCUCACCUACUGCCUCAGUAUCCCGAUGGAAGUCCGUACGCGGGCGGAGCUCAUCCACCUCGUCAAGCUCUACCCCAUCCUCCCAGCCGCCAGCGGCCCUCCCACCGAGAUUUAAAUUGGCCUCGGUUCCGGAAGCUGCAAAGCUUACCCCAGAGGAAUUGGUCGAGAUCGCGCGAAUGCCAGGAACCAUAUUUAUUAGGACCAGUAUGGUCAAGGAGGAUGCAGACCAGGACUCCACAAGGGAGGAGGACCUUAUCUGCAUGGAGCACAGAAUGAAGCCAAGGAAGGGAAUGGCGGGAACCGGCGUUGCGGGAAGGUGUAGGUUUUGCGGGAAGGGACCAUUCCUGAAUAUGUGGGUGUGCAUGGAUGCAUGCCAGUUUGUCAUGUGCAGGAUGUGUGCGAACGAGAAGGUUCAGGCGGGAGAGGCGGAGUUGUUUUGAAGAAUUUGUGUGAGUGCGGUGUGUAGUGAGAGAGAAGUUGGAAGGACUAAGAAGCUCGUGGCCCUGUAGUUGUGAUAAUUGUUGCAUAGCGUGGUUCUUUUGGAUUAUUUUCCCCCCUUUGCUUUGUUCAGUCAAACGUUGAGUUUUUCCUAUCAUCCUUUUCCUUUUGUCACGACAUCGUGGUGAUGUUGGGAGUAAUAUCAGCGAGCUGAAAUUACAAGUGGAUGGAUGUGGGGUUCGAUGUGCCUAUGAUGGGAACUGUAAUGGAGGAACAUGGGAUGGUCGGUUUAGUAUGGCCUGGUCUGGAAUUGAGGUAUUUUGCAUGGGGGCGUUUUUUAAUAUUAUCUUCAACUUUACUUGGUCCGUUUUUUUUAUAUUUUUUUAUAUUUGACUUCAUUUUCGAACCGUUUAUAUAUCUUUUUGAUUGAUUCCGCCUGCUUCGAUUUGGGUUUUUUUCACUGUGUGGAAUUUUUUAUCUAGUUAUUCGAGGAAAUAGUCUUUUUCUUUAUUGCAUUCUAUUUUGUUAUAUCUUCGAUAUCAGCUAAGAGUGUUGAGGUUGGUUGGUGGGUUUGCUGCUCCUGGAAUCCGGGGGGAUUGGGGGGGGUCUUGUGG